AUGGACCAACUUCGAUCGGACUCAGAUUCUGGCGCGAAUUCACUUACGAAAUUCGACCCACUUCUCGCCGCCAGCGGUUCGCCCUCGUCGCUACCGCAAUCGAUAGACGUCAGCCAUUCGAAUGUCAACUCACCCAAUACCAGUCUUACCGGGCUAUCGAACUUUGUCGGGAUCAAUGUUUCAAAACGACAAAGGUCCCCCAAUUGGACGACCAAGGAGGACGAGCAGCUCGCUCACUCCUGGGUAGACGUUAGUCGGAAUCCAAUUUUCGCUAGCGAACAACGAGGUGAAGAAUUCUUCAAACGGGUUUGCGAGCACUUCAACCACCAUUGGCACGGCAAUUCACGCACUCCUGCAGGGGUUCGAGAACGAUGGGGUAUCUUGCAGCCCGCCUGUCUUCGGUUUAACGCCAUAUAUCACCAAAUCGUGGCACAUUGUCAGCAAACCCAGCCUAACCCGAGUCCAGAGCAUUGCCGACGACUGGCCCACGAAUGUUUUAGCGAGCAAACCGUCACGAGGACUCAACGACAUCGCCAAUUUCAGUAUGAAACCGUAUGGGAAAUAGUCAAAGAUACCCCGCGAUUUCGAAUGCCGGUUCCGACCAAGCCUAGUCCCCUAUCUUGUUCUACUUCGACCCAUCCUGCCGCUGGUACCUUUUCGACUCCCCCUGGACUUAGCCUGAUUCAUGUCAACGGCAAGAAUCAAGCCAAGCAGGCAUCGGACAUUUCGGCGCAAAGACAAUCCAGCGAUAUCAAUGGCAAAGUGCCACAUCCCACUUCAACUUCGCAGCACGCUUCUUCUCCGGCGGAAAAUAAGAAACGAAAAAUUUCCGGCUUGCAAUGGAUUUCCCACCAUGAUGAAUCAGAUCCGGAAUUGGAGGCCUCGUCAAACAGUCUUGCGCUAGAUGAUAGAAGAAAUGAGAAAAAUGGCACACAGAGUAUCUCCGUAACACGCGACAAACUAGCACUAGAACGCGAGAAAUUCCUGCUUGACAAGGAGGAACGGUCGAAAGAAUCAAUCCGGAAAGACAAGGAACUCGACUUGAGGAUCAAGGCAUCUGAUCGGGAUGAUUUAAUGCUAGACUUGAAAAUCAUACAAGCUCACGGCGCCGAUUGCCCAGAUGAAACUAGCAAAAGAGCGCUGGAAUUGAUGAAAGCGUCUGUGUUGAAGAAAUAUAACAACGACCCAAGUAUCACUUAA